CAUUAAAAAGGAGUAAUUAACAUAGGCUCCAGAAUGUUCCUUUUACUGUAAGUCUGUAACUGUUCACCUGCAAAUUAGAAUUCUUCAUAGACAAGAUUUUCAGCCAAACAAAAUUAUUUUCUCCACAAAAUUAAUAUUUUUCUCAUCACUUUUUUCCUAUGCUAAUAAACGUUUUUGUGUAAUCAGUUUCCUCGGUUUAUUUUUUUCAAUCCUCCGAAAAAAAAACUGGAUGAUGCUAACUUGCGCCGGAUGCGUAAUAUUGCUUGGUUCAAAUUCGGAAUUUGGUGAGUUUCGUCGUAGGGGAAGUCGACGUGGCAGUGCCUGUGGUCGAUGCUAAAGUGCGCCUGGUGCAAGUGUUACCAAAUAUUGCUCCGGUUCAAAUCCAAAACCUCGUAAGUUUCGUCGGAAGGGAGUGCAGCGAGGAGGUAUCAGUGAUUGAUGCUAACAUGCGCUGGGUGCGAAAUACUCCUCGGGUGCAACGUGACGGUAUUAGUUGUUGAUGCUAACGGGCGCCAGGGUGUGAAACUUUGUGCGGGACUUUCUUUUUUCACCUUUAAAAUCAUCUGAGCGGUACACGUGGAUUCAAGGCUGUUGAGAACCGUACAUGUAUGGUGGCAGAAGCAAUGGAAGUGGGGCCCAGAAAAAAGAUCUGGGGUACGUGGGAGGAUCUAAUCCUAGGUGGCGCUGUUAUUCGGCAUGGUAUACAAAACUGGAACGUCGUCGCUUCGGAGCUUCGUUCUCGUACUAUCCGUCCUUACGACUUUACCCCUGAGGCCUGCAAAGCCAAGUAUGAGGAUUUACAAAAGCGCUACUCUGGCUGCAAUGCUUGGUUUGAAGAGCUAAGAAAGAGACGAGUUGAAGAACUGAAGCGAGAAUUGGAGAAAUCUGAAAGCUCAAUCGGGUCUCUCCUCACAAAGAUUGAAAGCCUGAAGGCUGAGAAAGAACGGUCUUCUCAGAUAGAUUAUGAUGGUUCCGCCAGUCACACUGGAUCGCCCGCUGCUCUUGUGAAAUUAGAAUGCGUGGAAUCUGUUGGCAAAGAUGGCAUAACUGCUGCCAGUGUCACGUUAGACAGUACUAGGACCAUUUUUUCUCCUGAGUUUGAGAGUCAUGCAGUAACAUCAGCUAAAGAGAUAGAUCCAAAGUUAGAAUGUCUGGAGUCUUGCGAGCCGGAUGAAGUUCCAAAUAUAUGCAAGCAAGCAGAGACUACCUAUGGAAAUGGAGGAGGGGCUUUGGGAAAAAGGAAAAAUGGCAUUUUGGAUGGUAAAGAAGGGAAUGUUGGGGACAAUGUGUGUUCAAUCAGUGGCAUUUCCUCUUCCCACUGUAAAGAAGCAUCAGCCAGUUGCGAUCAAAGUAUUAAGCCUUUUACCACAGAGCAUAAUAAAGGAGUAUUAUCCAGGUUGAUGAAUGACGAUUUGAUGGCAAUUUUUAAUUCCAUUAUACAGAACGAAGCGGCUUUGGUCUUUAUGCAUCGUCGCAGUGGUCAGAAGAGAUCUAGAUAUAAGGAAAUGAUCAAGCAGCAUAUGGAUAUUGAAACAGUAAGAUCAAGGUUAGUCAGUUGUUCCAUCAGAUCAGCAAGUGAACUCUUCAGAGAUUUACUUUUGCUAGCAACAAACUCCAUUAUAUUUUACUUGAAGAAGACGAGAGAAUACAAGGCAGCUACCGCCCUCAGAGACAUCAUAACUAAAACGUAUCAUGACCAUUGUAAAAGCUCUUACCACACUGCUACUUCUUCUCUGAUCACAUUUUCAACAAGAGGAAAUCUGCCUAUGAAGCCAAGAAGUGCUCGCCCUCGCCCCUCCAAAUUCAAGCUUCAAUCCGAGUCUUGCAACAAGGUAAAUAGCUUUAUUGAGAUUCUUGGUCUAGAUGAUCAUAAACCAUGUGAUGUCAAUUCUGAGGCUCCGUUGAAGUCAUUGUUAGCUGCUAAGAAAGGGUUCAAGGGACAUAGGAAGUUCGAGUGUGGAUCGGUUGAUGGUACUGUUAAUCAAAGGAUUAGAGUACCAGGAGAGGAAGGAAAGGAAGAUAGACGACCUAAAACUCCGGUUAUGGAGGACUGUCGGUCUGAGGUGGUUACGGAUGAAAGAAAAAGAGCUCGCAAAGGUGAUUUGCAGGUUGCAUAGUCCUCUUUUUCGUGUGCAAACUUUCUUCUUUUGCCCACUCUCAUCUUUCAGUCAUUUUGCAACUGCACUUGAUAUGUGAAAUUCAGUUCAAGUGGAAUAUAUGAAGCUCACAAGUUGUGAAUACUUAGUACCAAAUUAGUUUGACCUUUAAAUAAUUAAGACUUUCAUUAUUAGUCUGAUUACGUUUGCCUAAUGGGUAGUUUGGUAGUGUAUAAGAGCAGUAUAAAAGAUGAUGUAUUAGUAAUGGAUUAGUUAUGUUGAGAUUACUUCUAA